GACCAACCUCCCCAAAAUCGUCACCGCCCACCACCAUAUCUAUUAUGCCCAUCGACGACCCAAACUGCCAGUUUUACACGGACAGCAACGGCACCUCUGUUAUAUCGUACACUGGCUUACUGUCGAAAUGGGACAAGCCAGAGUCCCCGUGCACAGGAAUCAAUCUGCUCAGUGUAAACCUGUUCUUCUGUGUGCUCGCCAUUUGUAUACAACUAGGGACUGCUACGUUCGUCUAUCUUAUCCUUCUUCGCCAUCGCAAAACAAAGCACAACAUUCUUAUUUUUAUGGCACCUGCGGCAUUAAUUCCUGGAUCCAUACUUGACACCAUAUCGGCAUCAACUUACUUUCAAUUCUUUGGAUAUCCGGAUGGGACUCAAUUACCCAAGAUCUUCUUUUUUACGGCAUGCACAUUGUUGGCAUGUGUUGAAGGAAUUCGACUCGAUUUUUUAAUCAUGAUCAUCGGGCAGGGGAAAGUGAAGAAGGAAUGGGGAAAAUGGUUUAUGUGGUUCACGAUGGGAGUUGGAACAAUACUGGGGGUUCUCACUAUCGCGUUGUUCAUAUCAUCGGCAAAGGGAGAGUCAGCUAGUGCGAGCUGGAGCUGGCCUUACACUCUGUGGUUCAUGUACGUCGGCGCCUUGGAUAUUUCCAUCAGUAUAGCGAUUCUGCAUCUCGCAUAUCGGCAGACUGCUCUCCUUGCAGCCUUCGCGAACGGCAAACUGAACAUUGCCCAAGUCGGCGCUCUGGCAGGACGAUUUAAACGUCUUGCGUUUCUCCAGUUAGUCAUGAUUUUGUGCACGGCGUUACUCUUCAAUGUACGGGUUGGAUAUUCGUUUGGCCUCUUUGCGACUGUCGGAGUAUCAUCACAGAUGUCGACAGUAGUAUACUCCGUGCAUCUGCUGCAAAAGAUACAACAUCUGAAAAAUGCGAACAUGAAGGGAGAGGAGGAUAGUAGCUCCGCUCGAAAGAGCCAUGGAACUGACCGUACCGGAAGUCAUGCAACUGAGCGUACGACGGUGCCGUAGAAGUGCAGUUAUAUUUGAACGUAAUAGAGUCUACUGAUAGGCCUUGUUCCAAGGCGGCAAGUAGUAGAGUGCUUUAUCGCGCUUAUCUACACACAUCCACUUAAAAAUGGUGAUCCUCGUUCACUAUCGGCCUGUUUCGCUCUUAACUGGUACAG